AUGAAGUGCGUUACGUGCGGGUUUUUAUUGAUUUUCUUCGUCGGUACGACGAUUGCAAUGGCGACAACGACAAUGGAUACCGGAAGACAAUCGGACAAUUUAUUAAGUCACGUUAUGACCGAAUGCGGUAAAAAAGAUUCCAUCUCGUGUUUUAAAUAUAAAUUAUUUUCUUAUUUGGAUAAAACUCUCGGAGAAAGAGAAUCGUUCGUUAUAGACGAAGGGGUUAAAGUUGUCAAAACGGAGUCUGCCGAUGGGGCGCCAAGAUCCCUUGAUGAAAAAUCAGAUAAUGUCGAAACGAUGGUUCUUAACAGAUUUGAAAAAUUCAUGAGGACUCACACAUUUAAAUUUGACGUAAAAGGUUCUGACGUACUUAAUGGAAUUUCAAAUGCGGCAAAUUCUUUGGGUUUGGUACAAGAGGAGGGAAUCGAAGAAUCCAGAGGGAAAAAGAAAAAAGCGGUUAAAAUGCUGUUGCCAUUACUCUUGGCAUUAAAGCUUAAACUUGCAACUCUACUUCCGCUUGCAUUGGGUGCCAUCGCGUUGGUUGCCAAAAAAGCAUUGAUCAUUGGUAAAAUAGCACUUUUGUUAUCCGCAUUGAUCGGUCUUAAAAAACUAUUGGGAAAUCAACAGAAAAGCGUGACGUAUGAAAUCGUAAGUCACCCACAUCAUACGAGUCACGAUGUAUGGUCAGGUGGUGAUUAUGGCGGUUCUGCUAGUGGUGGCGGCGGCGGCGGCGGACACGGAGGCGGUUGGGCAAGAUCGAGUAACGAUGCACAAAAUCUUGCAUAUAAAGCUUAUGCACCAACGCAACAACAGCAAUAA